UUGAGCAUAGAGGAUGAGCCUUAAUGUAUGGAUUAAUUCGUUGUAGCAUGAGUACAAUUCAACUAGAAGAUGACGCACCGUUUUUCUUCUUCUUCUUCGUGAAUUUCAUGAAUUAGAGCAAUAAUUUUCAGAUGCUAAAUGCAGUAUUUAUAAAAUAGAUGUAGUGGCAGCACUUUUACAAUCCAACCUAAUUAUACUACAUUGUAAAAAAAAGACUUAAUUGUACUCUCAUCAUAAUAAUACCUUUUUAAAACCAAUGACUUAACUGAAGCGGCAAUUCAACAAUAAUGCUAGAUGCCUAGAUGACAUCCUUAGAGGAAUAAAAAUGCAACUUGUACUGCUACCUGAUUUUAUUCUUGUCUUGAUAAAUAACUCUAUCAAACCCAUUAAAAGAAAAUGUAUUGAUGCUCUUUCCAAGCAGCAUUGAGUCAAACUUGUGUUCAGACGCACCUUGGAAAGUAACAUAAUUCCUCUAGGAUCAGUUUUGUACAAGUUCAGUGUACUUUGCGCAGGCAAAUGGCUACAUAAAAGUUGAGUAAAAGAAAAUAGUGAACAACAAAUUUUAACGGAUAUAGAAACUGAGCCGUGCAAUCAAGCCUCAAGAUCCAUGUCUUCAAGCUGAAAAUCGGCGUCUUAAUCAUUUGGUGAAUCAUCAUCGUCUUCAUCGUUGCUCUCCAUGUCUUGAUCAUAUUCUGCCACUUCUAAUUCAGCCCUCAACUCUUCAUCAUGCACAACUAGCCUUGUUCCUGAGUGGUUCCGAGUGUAGGUGAUAUAAGGGCCUACGGGUCGUGCAAUAGACUCGCCAGGAUCAGGAUGAGCUCUCCUAGGGAAGUUGCGACUUGCUAGAGAAGUCAGCGCACCCAUAGCUUCAUCAACUUGAGACCAAAGUAGUGGUGUUUCACCGUCCAUUACUUGAGCUUGAUGUUCAUGGACCAUUUCAGCAUUGGUAUCAACCCAUUCAUUAUACCAUUGAAAUUCUUCUAGGACAAGUGGAUUAGGUAUCGUUGAUUUAGAGCCUUGCUCACGCAGAUUUUGAAACCUAGCUUCAAUUUUCCGGUUGUAGGAGACAUAUGAUAGCUUGUUCAAUCUCUUGUACUCUAGACGGUUUCUCCCUUUGGUGUGGAUCUGCAAGCACACAAAUAUGCGAGAAGCUGCUGAAAUUAGCCUAUCAAACUAGCCAACUAAUGGCUACUUACAUGAGCAAAUACACUCCUAUUGCGCUCGCAGCCAGAUGCUGAACACCAUAGACUAAUGAUUCGCUUUGCAAGAGUUUGGAGGUCAAAAGCAAGGCCACCAUAAGCACUCCACCAAAGAACUACAAAAUCAGCAAGUCCAACAUUAAAGAGAAGGCCAAAAUAACCAGCAACUAAUGGAAUAAUUGAGUUGAAAAAGAAGACACAAGCUGCCAUAAAAUUUAUACUUAUGAGGGCUCUUUUUGUCGUGGUCUUUAAUUGACAAUGGCUUCAAGAAACAUUCACCUUCCGUUCGCUCAUAGUCGUCAGCUUCCCUACUUAUAGUUGCUUGUAGGUCAUCAUCGGGCUCCAUCUUCCAUAGCACAUCAUUGAACAUUCAACGGAGACGGGUAGCUUGCCUUUGUUGGCCUCCCUAAUACAACAACGACAAAGCCUUUAGUCUCAAACAAGUUGGGUUAGGCUACAGGUGAAACCCAUAAGAUCUCGCGACCAACUCAUGGUUCUGGCACAUGGAUAGCAAUCUUCCACGCACUCCUAUUCAUGGCUAGUUCUUUGGUGAUACUCCAGUCCUUCAGAUCUCUCUUUACGGACUCCUCCCAUGUCAAGUUCGGUCUACCCCGACCUCUCUUGACAUUAUCAGCACGCUUUAGCCGUCCGCAUGCGCUGGAGCUUCUGGAGGCCUGCGUUGAAUAUGCGCAAACCAUCUCAAACGGUGUUGGACAAGCUUCUCUUUAAUCGGUGCUACCCCAAGUCUAUCUCGUAUAUCAUCAUUCCGGACUCCUUCCUUGUGUGGCCACACAUCCAUCUCAACAUGCGCAUCUCCGCCACAUCUAACUGUUGAACGUGUCGCUUCUUAGUCGGCCAACACUCGGUGCCAUACAACGUUGCGGGUCGAAUCGUCGUCCUAGAGAAUGCCAGAAGCUUGACGCCACUUCAUCCAUCCGACUUUAAUUCGAUGGUUCACAUCUUCAUCCAUAUCCCCAUCCUUCUGCAGCAUUGACCCCAAAUAUCGAAAGGUGUCCUUCUGAGGCACCACCUGCCAUCAAGGCUAACCUUCUCCUCCUCGUGCCUAGUAGUACUAAAACCGCAUCUCAUGUACUCGAUUUUAGCUCUACUAAGUCUGAAACCUUUCGAUUCCAAGGUUUGUCUCCAUAGCUCUAACUUCCUAUUGGCUCGCGUCUGCAUGUCAUCGACUAGCAUCACAUCAUCCGCAAAGAGCAUACACCAUGGGAUAUCUCGUUGUAUAUCCCUUGUGACCUCAUCCAUCACCAAAACUAAAAGAUAAGGGCUCAAAGCUGACCCCUGGUGCAGUCCUAUUUUAAUCGAGAAGUCAUCAGUGUUGCCAUCACUUGUCCAAACACAUGUCACAACAUUAUCGUACAUGUCCUUGAUGAGGGUAAUGUACUUUGCUAGAACUUUGUGUUGGCCCACGACAUGACAUUCCGUGGUAUCUUAUCAUUGGCCUUCUCCAAGUCAAUGAACAACAUAUGCAGGUCCUUCUUUUGCUCCCUAUAUCUCUCCAUAAGUUGUCGUACCAAGAAAAUGGCUUCCAUGGUCGACCUCCCAGGCAUGAAGCCAAACUAAAUUUUGGUCCCGCUUGUCAUUCUUCUUAAGCGGUGCUCAGUAACUCUCUCCCAUAGCUUCGUUGUAUGGCUCAUCAGCUUAAUUCCACGAUAAUUAGUACAACUCUGAACACCCCCCUUGUUCUUGAAGAUUGAUACUAAUAUACUCAGUCUCCAUUCUUCUGGCAUCUUGUUUGCUCGAAAAAUGAGAUUGAAAAGCUUGGUUAGCCAUACUAUCGCUAUUCCCCGAGGCCUCUCCACACCUCAAUGGGGAUACAAUUAGGGCCCAUCGUCUUGCCUCCUUUCAUCCUUUUUAAAUCCUCCUUGACCUCAGACCGCCGCACAAAACGCCUGCUGGUAUCAUCAAAGAGUCGCCCAGUUCAAUGGUAGAGCUCUCAUUCUCCCCAUUGAACAGCUUGUCGAAGUACUCCCGCCAUAUAUGCUUAGAGGCUGUUUGGGACUGCUCUGCUCCCUAAAAUUCAGCUCCGCUUCAGAAAACACAAGCCAAACGGGGUAGCUCCAUGAUACGCCACUCCGCAAAAAAACUAGAAGUUGGGGUACAACUCCUAGUUUUGUAUGAAGCUCUUCAGGGGGUGCUUCAAAAAACUCUAGAAGCUGGAGUUGGGGGGAAAUUACCCACCACCGCCACCAGUAAGUGGAUACACCUUCGUUUCCCCCUCUCAUCCAAUCAAAUAGAUCCUUUCCACCAAAUUUCCUAUUCUUGAAGCUGGAGCUAGAUGGAAGCCAAACAUUUUCUUUUGUAGUGCUACAACUUCUGUAUGUAACUGCUCCAGUGUGAAUUUAGUGGACUGAAACUGAUUUUGAUGAAGCAGAGCAGUCCCAAACAAACCCUUAUUCUCCUUAUCCUUCACUAGGAGCUGGUUUGCAACGUCCUUGAUGCAUUUGACUUGGUCAACAUCCCUCGUCUUUCUCUCUCGGAUCUUGGCCAUCUUAUAGAUGUCCCUUUCGCCUUCCUUCGUGUCUAACUGCUGGUAGAGGUCCUCAUAUGCCCGACCCCUCGCUUCACUCACAGCUCUCUUUGUAGCCUUCUUCGCCAUCUUGUACUUCUCUAUAUUGUUUGCACUCCUAUACAAGUAUAGGCGUCUGAAACAAUCUUUCUGGACAUCAUCAUUCCACCACCAGGUAUCUUUAGCUUUGCUUCUACUUCCCCAGGACACUCCAAACUCCUUUGAGUCCACCUUACGGAUGCAAAUCGCCAUCUUCAUCAACAUAUUGUCCGCAUCCCCUCCUUCCUCCCAAGGGCCCUCCUUAAUGACCCUCUCCUUGAACGCCUGUGCUACCUCCCCCCUGAGCUUCCACCACUUCGUUCUAGCGACUUUGGCAUGCUUAUCCCGCCGGACAUGAAUCCGAAAGCGGAAGUCAACAACCACAAGCUUAUGCUGAGGGACAACACUCUCUCCAGGUAUCACCUUACAAUCUAGGCACGCACGCGUGUCUUCUCUUCUCGAGAGGAUGAAAUCAAUCUGGCUAGAGUGUUGACCACUACUAAAAGUCACUAGAUGUGAUUCUCUCUUUUUAAAGAGGGUCUUAGUUACGAUCAUGUCGUAGACUAGAGCAAAGCUUAAGAUAUCUUCUCCUUCUUGAUUCCUGAUGCGAUAGCCAAAGCCCCCAUGCACCCCUUCAAAACAUGUGUUAGAUGUGUACCCAUGUGGCCAUUGAGGUAUUCUCCUAUGAAGAUCUUCUCGCCAAUCAGUACACUCCUAACCAUGUCCUCCAGGCCUUCCCAGAACUCCCUCUCGGUUUUCUCAUUGUGGCCUACUUGCGGGGCAUACACGCUGAUAACAUUGAGAACUAAGUCCCAACUACCAGCUUGACCAAGAUAAUCCGGUCCACACGUUUCUUGACGUCUACCACUCCAUAUUUGAGGCUCUUCUUGAUCAAGAUGCCUACUCCAGUUCUUCGGGUCCACCCCGUCCUCUCUUGACAUUAUCUGCACGCUUUAGCCGUCCGCUAUGCACUGGAGCUUCUGGAGGCCUGCGCUGAAUAUGCCCAAACCAUCUCAUAUGAUGUUGGACAAGCUUCUAUCCAAUCGGUGCUACCCCAACUCUAUCUCGUAUAUCAUUCCGGACCCCAUCCUUGUGUGGCCACACAUCCAUCUCAACAUGCGCAUCUCCGCCACACCUAAGUGUUAAACAUGUCGCCUUUUAGUCAGCCAACACUCGACGCCAUACAACAUUGCGGGUUGAAUUGCCGUCCUAUAGAACCUGCCUUUUAUCUUUUGUGCCAGUCUCUUGUCACGGAAAACGCCAGAAGCUUGUCGCACUUCAUCCAUCCAACUUUGAUUUGAUGGUUCACAUCUUCAUCAAUAUCCCCAUCCUUCUGCAGCAUUGACCCCAAAUAUCAAAAGGUGUCCUUCUGAGGCACCACCUGCCCAUCAAGGAUAACCUCCUCCUCAUGCCUAGUAGUACUAAAACCGCACCUCAUGUACUUGGUUUUACUUCUAUGAAGUCUAAAACCUUUCGAUUCCAAGGUUUGUCAACAUAGCUCUAGCUUCCUAUUAACCCCCGUCCGACUAUCAUUGACUAGCACCACAUCAUCCACAAAGAGCAUGCACCAUGAGAUAUCUCCUUGUAUAUCCCUUGUGACCUCAUCCAUCACCAAAGCAAAAAAGAUAAGGGCUCAAAGCUGACCCCUGGCGCAGUCCAUUUUUCAUGCAUUCCAAAAGAAAUAUCUGCAAAUAUUGCAUAUUAAUCAUAAUACUUGCAUGUGAUCUGUCAAGUAUUAGGAUUAAUAUGCAAUAUUUGUAGAUAUUUCUUUUGCAAUGCAUGAAAAAUGGACUGCACCAGGGGUCUGCUCUGCCGAUUUUAUUCUGUGAUAAGUUGGCAUAAAAGCUAAAUAAUUCACUGUCUUGCUAAGCCAUCGUACAUAUUAGAGAGAACUAGUCAUAUUUGUAGAAGAAAAGGUCGAUGGAUGAAGUAUGGAAUCUAUCCAGGUUUAUUGUCGUGGUGGGCGCACGGCAGAUGCCAAGGGAUGGCUAAAGAGAGGAGGAGGCUCGAGGGCACUGGUGAGCUCCAGAGGCGAGGUCGGCAUGAGCGAGCGCGGGACGCAAGACAUACCCAGGUUCGGGGCUCUCCGGAGAGAUAACACCCCUAGUCCUGCCGAGUGUGGUUUAUGUGUAACAGUACAGAGUUGCUCCUAGAGCUGUAUGGAGGAAGAAGGAAGGCAGGCCAAGGCUUAGGCUGCUCCCUCUCCUGGUGGGUGGCUAGUUUAGUUGAUCUGGUGUUCGCUAUGGUUCUCGUCGUGCGUGUGAGUUGCCCGCAUGCAUGAGGGCUCCUGGGAGGUUUUAUAGGCCAACCCCCCAGGGAUACAAUGGCAAUGUUACAAGGCUAUGGGGCCGGGUUGUCAGUGUCCGGGAAGCCGGUGCUGGGACCCGCCGGGUUCUCCGGGCGCGGGCCCCGCAUGUCUAGGGGCACUGUUUACCGUCUUGGCGAUCGUCAGGGAGUGGCUGGGUUGAGUCUGCUACAGUGGCACUCUGUCAGGUCGUCGCUUACUGGCGUCAGCAGUGACGACGGGUGCACUGUUGCCAUGCUGGCCCUGGUCAGCGGGUAGGUGGGGCACUGUUGCCACGCCCCGGCUGACCAGAGGCAUGGGCGGGUCACUGUGGCCUUGCUCACCGUGAAUGGAGGCUCGUCCCAUUGUACGGUCGGGAUAGGACGGGAGCUGACCCGAGGCCGGGUUGAGGAACACGCCAAAGGGGGAGAUGGCUUGUUGGAGAAGUCUUGGUGUUCCGGGUUCGGCCGCCUUGUGCCGGCCGUUGGGGCCAGGUUGAGGAGUCCGGCCAGGUCGAAGAGUUCGGCCCGGUUGAGGGGCUUGGCUGGGUUGAGCAACCCGGCCAAACGUGAGCCGGAUUGAGGGGCGAUGCUGGCCCCGUUGUUUUCAAGAAGGAUUCGGGUUCCGUUGCCUGCCCGGGAUUCAUCCUCCCGAUAGUAGUCCCCGAAGUUGUGAAGGUCCGCCAUCUUCGGGUGGGAGGGCCUUCGCAGUUUUCCCCCUGAGGAGGUGAAUUUUGCGACCGCCGGGUCCGGCAACACCCACUGUGUGCCGGCUUCCAGAAGCCGGAUCGCGGCAUCCCAGCGGAGGUGGGAAACCGAGGAGUUGAUCGAAUCUUGAGGCAAUCUUUUGGGCUUCGUGCGGGCGCCACGUGGCGCCUGGAAGCCGGAGGGGCCUGACAGGCCACGCGCGCGACAGGACAGGGCGACGUGCUUCGCCGCCCCGCACCCUCGGCCCAUGCGUGCGGAUUUAUUGCAGCGUCCGCGAGUCGGUUGCCAUUCUCGAGGCAGUUAUUGCGUGCGUACGUGCGCACUUAUUGCGGGGGAGUGGGAGGGGCGAGCGCAAACGAUCCUACUUCCCCACGUUUCGAACCGUGGCUUAUAAAUUGGGGGGAAGGGGAGCGGCGGAAGUCAUUCUCGCUCGCGCUCCCCUGCCUCUUCAUCCUCUCUCUGCUCCUUGCGACCGCCGUGCGCUGCGACACCCGCCGCUCCGAGCAAAGCUCCGUCGCCACUCUUCUGCAUUCCUUUUCUAUGUCUUCGCCGAUGGCGCUUCCCUCGGGCUCGUGGAUGGGCUCGACCGUCACCACGGAUGACAUCACGUAUCUCCGCACCACCAGGCGCUUGCCGGGGGAGACGGAGGUCGCCGUGCGCCUGCCGUAGGGCGAGCGGGAGCCGCGGCCCAAGGGCACCGAGCGCGUGGUGUUCUACCCGCACUCCAAGCGCGGGUUCGGCCUUCCUGCGAGCAGCUUCUUCCGCAACUUCCUGGAGUUCUUCGGGCUCCAGCCCCAUCAUCUUGGCGCGGGCGCCAUCGUGCAACUCUCUGGCUUCGUCACCCUCUGCGAGGGGUACCUGGGGGUCGAGCCCUCAAUUGAUCUCUGGGUGCGCUUCUUCUCCUUGUAGUAGCAGGGGCCGAAGGUCGGCGAGAUGUCCGACUGCGCGGCCGCCGUCAUCUACAAGCGGUCGGGCGCUGACUACCCCAAGAUGCCGCUGGAGGACUCUGCCAAGAAGUGGCACAACUCCUGCGUCCGCAACCUUGGCGCGGACCGCAUCAACCUGCCGCCCUUCGUCGACGCGCUGUCGCGGGCGAAACAGAACUGGGGCUAUUAUCCCCGGCACCUGUCACAGGAGGUGCUCAAUCUGUGCCAGGGUGUCAGAGAUGAGGGAGCGGGAGGUGCUCACUGAGACCGACCUCAACACCGCUUUCAUCAGGCGUCGGGUGUUGCCGCUGCAGCAGCACACCCACAUCAUCGGUCAGAUGGCCGGACUCCAGGACCCCAACCGCAUGUCGAACUUGCGCCUGGGGGCGGACCAGGUCGCCCGUUGGGUCAACGACAUCUCCAAGGCCGGGCUGCGGGACGACUGGGAGUUCGGGAAGUCUUCGUACAGCCAGGCGAACCCGGUGCCCGUGGUGAGUCCCUGGUCUCCAUACUUUGCUACCGCCCAUCUUCUUGUUCGUCCCGACGCGACGCAGGAGGUGCUUCUGAACGCCAUCUGGCAUCCAUAUGAUCGGCCUGGGCGGGGGUUGAGGGAGGCGGCGACGACGCCGUCUUGGAGGAGGUGCCACGGAUGGCGCUGGAGGGAGCGCCUCGGGCGCUGCCGGGCGGGGCACUGCUGGUGGUGGCGCCGCAGGCCACUUUGGCUGUUGAGCCAGCGAGGGUGCCGGAGAAGGCGCCGGCCGCGGAAGAGGCGGUCAGCGGAGAGUACACCCUGGUCCCUAGGCCAGGGGGACGCCGGGUCGCCGGGUCGCAGCCGGCUUGAGGCGGGACCAGUGAGGUAUUCUUCGGGCCCCUGACCCAGGAGGAGGCGCCGAUGGCCGCCAUGAGCCGGCGCCUGCGGGGCCGGACGGACAGGAUCCAGGCCUUCGCCCAGGCCGAGGUGGAGCAGACGCGGGAGUUGGAGCGCGCCGUGCUCCAACUGGAUUCCUACCGAGUCAGCGUCUUCAACCGGCUCCUGGACAAGCACCGACAACUCAAGGAGUAGUUUGCCGCCAAGGAGGAGGAGCUCCGCCUUUCCGCAGCCGAGGUGUUGUCUCGGAAGACCCAACUGUUUCGAGCCGGCUUCCAUUACGACCGGCUUGUUGCCGAUGCCGGCCGGCUUGAGGCCGAGGUGGCGAAGGCGAAGGCGGAGGCGACAGGAGCCCGGUUGGCGCUUGAUGAUGCCAGCCAGCUGCAGGAGCGGCUGGUGGGCGACAAGAGCCGUCUUGAGGCCGAGGUGGAGCGUCUCAAGGCGGAAGCCGCCAAGGUCGUGGAGGCAUAGCGGGCCCUUGCCGAGGCUGAUGAGCAACGCGGCAAGCUGGCCGACGACAAGGGCCAUCUCCAGGCCGAGGUGGAGCUCCUGAAGGCGCUGGUGGCCGCGGCGGAGCAGGACCGUCAGGGGGAAACCCGUCGCCGCGAGGAGUCCGAGAAGGCGGCCGAGGCCAAGGACGCCGAGUUGGAGGCGGCCCUUGCCAAGGUGGCCGACUUGGAGAAGACGCUCCAGGAGCGUGACCGCACCAUUGCCAGGGAGCGGCGCGGUACGUUGCUUGAAGCGUAGCACCUGGAAGAGUCCUUCCCCAGUAAGUGCUUUCCUUGGGUUCUGCCGGGCUGGAAUCCUGGCUUCUUUUCCUUGGUGAUUGUUCUGACUUGCUCUACUUCUUGACAGGGGCCUUCCCGGAGACGUGCCAGCUGGCGGAGGAAGCCGUGCGCUUUCAGCGAGACCCGCAGGGAGUGGUCGGCUCCGGGACCGACCCGCAGGUGGCUUGGACCUUCCCGGAUAUCGUGACCGCCGCCGAGGCUCAUCUGCGAGACUUGGGCGAGCAGAUGGGGCGGCUCACUGAGGCUGGCGUAGUGAUGAUGGCGGCCCUAUGGCCGGGCUCCCUUGCGCCAAACAACUUCACGCGGUUGUCGCGGUGGUUGGACGCGGGCCCGGGCCGGCUCCACGAGUGGCGCGUUUCUGCCGCCCGUGCCGGCGCUGAGAUGGCGCUCAGGUUUGCGAUGUCUUGGCAUCCGGAUCUGUCGCUGGAUGCAUUGAUGGGCUAGUGAGCCAGCGCGGAGAACCAGCUGCGGGCAGAGGCCGGACGGAUCGCGCCCGGGCCAGCUACAUUGCCGGGUUCGCUUUUCACGAUGAGUUCCAGCCGGAGCGGGCAAGACGGCGGAGUCGUGCCUGCUGACGACCGCGGCCUGCUUCUGAACGACCCGGAGGGCAGCUCCGAGGAGACGGGUGUCUACGGCGACGCAGAUGCCGAGGAGGAAGACACCGGCACCUCGGCGAACCCGGAGGCCACCGAGGGGGAGUCGGCAGCUGCGCGACCCGGUGCUGGGGGUGCUUGAAGCUGUCCUGUUUAACUUAGUAGAGCUUUCCAUUAGGUAGUAGGUCCACCCACCCACUGGGGGUAUUCGGGUGUAAUGAACUCUGGCCUUGGGCCUGUCUUUUAAAUUUGUGAUGUAUAUAUUUCGUGGGUGCUUGCGUUUUUGCCUUUUGUCUUUUGAGCCGUUUUCUUGCGACUUUCCCCUCUUGGGCUCCCCCCUGCGAGUCUGACGGCCGAGGCUCCAGUCCGUGACAAGGAGUUCGGUCUUUGAGAGGAGCGUGCGGUAUUUAGGCUUUCAAAAUGUUGAGCGCGAGCGAAACACCCACUGGGCCAGCUGGCGACAAUCCGGCGAAGCCGGUUGGCGCGGUAACUUAAAGUGGCGGGGCCGGGUUGGGCAAUCUGGCGGUCCUUGACUUAGUAUUCGUGGUGCGCUGGUGCUUUGGCCCGUUGUGCUUGCUAGCCGACAGCCGAAGCUGGUUCUGUGGCCUAGGGCGAAGUGGAGGGCCGCGACGACCUCAAUGCGUCAGGAACCACUAAGGAAGGCGGGGGGUGGCGACCAAGCCGGCCAGCCCCCGAGCCCCCGGGUCGAGCAAGUCGAAUCGGUGGUGGGGUAGAUUUAAGAGAGAAAAAAUGCACAAGUGCGGGAGACACAAUAGCUUGGUCGAAAAGGGCAGCCCUCGAGCGUCGUUCGAGGACUCCAUGGUUUUCAUACGAUUACAAAAGGCUGUGCACACAGCUAACUGUAAAACUGGUGGAGGAGUUCUGCGUUCCAUGGCCGGCUCGUUUCUUCGCCGGCAGUGUCUUUCUUGCGCUUGUUUGACUUGCGGGCGUCGAUGAGGUAGUAGGCGCUGCGGUCGCACAAUGCCUUGCUGACGAUGAAGGGGCCCUCCCAUGGGGGGCAGCUUGUGCUGGUCGGCUUGCUGCUGGACGAGUCGGAGGACAAGGUCUCCCUCAUGAAAUGCGAGGGGCUUGAUCUUCUUGUUGUGGUAGUGCCUCAGGCCUUGCUGGUAGAUGGCUGACCGGCUUAGCGCCAAGAGGCGUGUACAUCGCAACGCGCGACGAGUCGAACUCGACGUCAAUCGGGAUGACGGCUUUGGCUCCGUAGACGAGGAAGAACGGGGUGAACCCGGUCGACCAGUUUGGCGUGGUGCGGAGGCUCCAGAGGACGGCCGGCAACUCGUCGAGCCAGUAGCCGGGCGAGCGGAUGAGCGGCUCGAUGAGCCGCGGCUUGAUACCAGAUAGGAUGAGGCCGUUGGCCCGCUCGACCUGGCCGUUGGACUGCGGAUGUGCAACGGAAGCCAGGUCGAGGCGAAUGCCGGAGACGGAGCAGUAUUGCACGACCGCGCCCUUGGCGAAGCUGGUGCCGUUGUCCGUGAUGAUGCUGUUCGGCAUGCCGUAGCGUACCGCGAUGUCUUUGACGAACCGGACGGCUGUCGACCCGUCCAGCUUCUUGAUCGGUCGUACUUCAAUCCACUUGGUGAACUUGUCCACUGCUACCAGCAAAUGCGUCAUGCCGCCGCGGGCGGUCUUGAAGGGCCCCACCAUGUCGUGUCCCCAGACCGCAAAAGGCCAGGCGAUUAGGAUGAUCUGGAGUGCCGAGGCCGGCUGGUGGCUGCGCUUGCUGAAGCGCUGGCAUCCCUCGCACUUGAGGACAAGCGACUCGGCG